AUGCUUAAGAAAAUAGACUUCCUACUUAACGAUUAUUCAAGGGAGCUGUCAUCCAACCAUAACUCUAUUUCCUUCUCUCAACUCAACAGCUUACUAAACAAAAUAAAACAACUAUACACAGAAUUUCAAAAACAAAAUGACUACAACAAUAAGGCAAACAUCAAAAAUCUAAUCUCCCUACUAGAGACAGAAUUUAAAGACCAAGCCUUCGCAACCCUUUCAGCAAUAAAUGAAUCUAAAAAAAGAGAAGAACAACUUAAACAAGAAUUGAACAACUAUUGCGAAGAAACCUCACUCAAGUACAUCUCCGCGAGAAUCAAGAAAAGACACAAUGAUUUCACCAUCAACGCAGUAAAAGAUGCACAAGGUAGAACAAUCAACAAACAGGAAUUGAUCGAAGAAGAUUACGUAAAAUAUUACUCAAAUCUUUAUGACUACAAAGAAGAUGACGCACCAUCUCAUUAUGAAAUGUUGGAAAAUUGGACAGUGACCAGGGACUCAACAUGGGACAACCUUGAAAAUGAAUUCACAACCCAAGGAGAUCCCUAG